CCAGAAACUGAGAGAAGAAGAAGGAGGAAGAGGAGGAGGAGGAAGUUGGAACAACGUCAUUCUGGGUGAAAGGAAAGUAACGUUACUGCAGACUGAACUGGACCUGAAGAGCUCACAAGCACACUUCUGAACCUAGCUAACAUAACUGAUAACGCCUAAAUGGAUCUAACCGAGCAGAUCAACCAGUUGGAGGCAGAUUUGCUGGAGCUGGGGUCGCUCCUGGAGAAGGCAGAGAGGAAAAGAGUGCAGGAGCUGCUGAGGCAGGAGCAGAAGAAGGUGGAGAAGGAGCUUGCAGCCAAACGACAACAGAAGGAGAAACAAGCCAGGAGAGAGGCAGACCCAUCUGCUGCCUCCAAAGCAGCGUACACAGUCAAGAUCAACAAUUAUGCAUGGGACCAGUCAGAGAAAUUUGUCAAAAUCUACCUUACAUUGAAGGAUGUGCACAAAAUUCCAUCAGAAAAUGUGGAGGUCAACUUUACAGAAAGGUCAUUUUCUGUGUUAGUAAAGGAUCUUGAUGGGAAAAACCAUCAGAUGACGAUUCUCAACCUGUUGUGUCCAGUCGAUGAAAAGGACAGCUAUAAAAAGAUAAAAACAGACAUGAUCCUGGUCAUGUGCAAGAAGCAGACUGCAAAGAAGUGGGAAUGCCUAACAUCGGUGGAAAAGCAGUCUAAGGAUAAAGAUAAACCUGCUGUCGAAGAGAAUGCAGACCCCAGCGAUGGCCUGAUGACCAUGCUGAAGAAGAUUUACUCCGAGGGAGACGACGAGAUGAAAAGAACCAUCAACAAAGCCUGGUCAGAGUCCCAAGAGAAGAAAGUUCUGGGAGGAGGAGGAGGAGGAGGAGGAGAAGACAUGAUGGACCUCUGAACUCGCUGCAUGUCCACAGCAGGACCAAGUGAGAGCUGCCAGGGAUGCACCUGACAUGACUUGAAUUUUAAAUGUUUCGGGGGUGAAGACCAAUAUAUAAAUCAUAUUUCCACAAAAUCUAUAAAUUCGGUGUACAGCUCAAAAUAAAGUUUUGAGAUUAACAUCUAAACCCUGGAUGGCCUCAUUUUGGCCCUGCUUUGAAAUGCAGGCUACCGAUGUCCUGAUAGUCAUGAGACAUAACGCAGAUACCUUUUCAAUAAAUUGCACGGAAAAUGCCUGUACAAACAUAAGGGUGGUGUCCAACAGGUGGCGACCUUAACACAGCUAGAAACCACAGCGUUUCAUCCAUAUUUUUUUUUGUAAUGUCAGAUUUAAUGGGUUAAAGGACCACAAUGCGGUUGUUUUUCUUGAGAUUAAUGUCUGUUAGUAAUUCAUAGUUUAAAUUGGACCAGGUUAAAUUAAGUAUGUGAGACAUAUUCUGUAAAGUCACAUCUUAAUGUUGUUCCUGUGCAGCUAAAAUGAGCUGAAGAUGUUUCCAAGUGUACAUUUGCCAAAGUCAUGCUCCUAUUCCUUUUAAUGAAGACGACCAGAGCGCUCUUCUGACUACUUUUAACGUCUUCAUAUCAGCCUUUUAUAUGUCAUUCCACAAAUAGCUCAAAUGAUAGCUGCAAAGACGCCACUGCUCAUGCAUCAUUCCAGGGUAAUAACUAACAUUACUGCAUAGGUCUGUGUUUGACAUUUAAUGUAUUUUAUCCAUUCCUGUUGCAUAGUGUAAUGCUCUGAAACACAUUCUUUGUAAUUCCAUAAUGUGACUGUUGCAUUUUCAUAGCAGUUUCCCACUAUAAUGUCUAUUUACAGUAGCACUGUUGGAAGUUGCUUAUUUCCCUCCAACAUUUGUGAAUAUCUAAAAAUGUAUGUUGAUUAUUUUUUACUUUGGCUUCUGUUCUAGUCUCACAUGUGUUGUUGCUCGCCCUCAGGUUGUUCGUCAAGUUCUCAUAAAUAUAGAUCUUGAACUGAG